ACCUCUUCCGGUGUGACAAGCAACCGGAGAACAACAACAACAACAACAAACCGGACCGUUGUCUUUGUGUCGGUCGUUUUGAACCCAGAGGGUUAUUAACGGGGCUCCACCGGGAGGAGCAGUGCCGGUGAGCAUGGUGAAGUGUGUCGUCUCUGGCUGUCCGAACCGCGUGGCCACCGUGAACGGUAACCGGAGCAUCUUCAGCCGAACCCCGAAGAGGUUCUUCAACUUCCCCAAAGACCCAGCACGAGUUAAGGUAUGGCUGGCCGCGCUGAGGGAGACGGACACGCAGGACUCCACAGAGCAGCAUUUAAUUUGCGAAGACCACUUCCUUCCGGAGGACAUCUCCAACAGUGGGGUCAACAGCGACGCCAUUCCCAUCAUGCCCCCCUGCCUGGAUGGGCCCUUGGGCAUGAUUAGCCCCUGGGGAGCCGAGUCAUCUGAGGAAGAGGAUCAGUGGGCCACAGGCGUCGGUGAUGAUGAUGAUGAUGAUGAUGAUGAUGAUUUCGAAGGUGGAGAUGAGGGUCCUGUUAAAGCGGAGCCUCCUGCACCAGAACCUGCUGCAGUGGAUCCACCACAGCAGGAUCCAGGAGCCAAGAAGACCUCAGAGUCCAAGACAACUGGCAUCGUUGUCAAUCAGACGAAAGAGACGAUCCAGACCAAGAAAUUCACCAGACAUGAUGUGUCCCUGGGGAUGCUGACGCAGCGUUUCCUCGAGCUGAUGCUGGCGGCUCCAGACAGCACAGUGGACAUCCGGCAGGUGGUCACCAGCCUGCAAACCCGCAGGCGACGAGUCUAUGACAUCACCAACGUCCUGGAAGGCAUCAGCCUCGUCGAGAAGCAGUCGGUCAACAGAUACAAGUGGAUAGGAAGGUGUCAGAUCUCCAGCUUUCUGUGGAGGAACGAGCAGAAGUUCCAGAGAGAGUUCGACAACCUGAAGCUGGUGGAGGACACGCUGGACAGCCUCAUCAAAAGCUGCGCUCAGCAGCUCUUCGACAUGACCGAUGACUUGGAAAACGCUGCGUUGGCCUACGUGACCUACGAGGACGUCAGCCGGCUCGCUGCCUUGCAGGAGCAGACAGUGUUUGUUGUCAAAGCUCCAGAGGAAACCAAAUUGGAGGUUCCUGCACCCAAAGAGGACAGCAUCCAGAUCCAUCUGAAGGGGGCGAAGGGUCCCAUUAUAGUGGUGACCUGUGAUAUUGGGACAGGAGACGCGACUGGAGAGAAGAACAGCUGCUUCUUAACGCUGGAGGAAAGCAGAAUAAAGACGGCCACACUGCACACAGUACAGAAAGCUCCUCCAGCCAGCCAGACGAUGGAUGAAUUGUCUGCAUCCCUUAAAGCUGAAUUUAAGCCUGGCGAUGAACCUGAUGAGCUUGAGUUCAGUGAAGACCAGGAGAGUGGGGAUUCAUCUGAGUUCAGUGAAGAGCAGGAGAGUGGAGAUACGUCUGAGUUCAGUGAAGAGCAGGAGAGCUGGGAUACGUCUGACAGGGACACCCAUCCCCAUAAACCUAAGGAGGAACGAGGUCAGCAGACCCGAAAAAAACACAAGCAGGAGAAACCAUGUCGCCAAACAUGUCGGAAGAAAUGCUGGGACAAAAUAACAGAAAAAAUGAGGAAAGCAGAGCACACCACGUACAGGAACAUGACCACCCAAAGGAAGGUAACAUUCAUUCUCAACAGGGUCUCUCAACGCAAGAUUGCCCGUUUGACAUCUGUUGGUCCCAGCAGACGUAACAAGUCCAUAUUUUACCAUCUUAGAGAUGACCUGGGUGAGUUACAAGAGGUAUGCAAGACAUUCUUUCUCACAACUCUGGGAUACCAUCCAAAAAAUGACAGGUUCAUCCUAGCAGUCAUCGGGAACAGCUCCCUAUCAGGCUCGACAUCACCCAAAGAACACCAUAGAAGACCUGCCCCAGCCAAUAAAGCCAAUUCCUCCCCAAGUUACAAACACAACGAAUCAGUAAAUCCAACAGUUAGCCCUUAUAGAUGAGAACACGCCCCCAGUCUAAGACACCUCCAGAGUGGGGUGACCAGAUGUCCCAAAUCCAGAAUCCUGACCUUUUUUUUUCCUGGAAAUGAACCAUUAAUAGUAACAGAGUAAACUAAAACGAGAGCUGUCUGUGUUCUGGGAGACUGGACCUGACUGGGUGACAUUGUAAUAUGGGAACAUGCACUGAAUAUAUUGUGUAUUUUGGAGCGCUGCUAAACAUAACAGAGAUACAUUCAACAAGCUGCUGCUGUCACCAGAAUAAAGACUGAAUUCAACUCAAACUCCUCUGUCACAUAUUUCACCCAUUGUGCAGCUGAUGUAGAAGGAGUUUACUGCACACCACCAGUGCUCAUACGAAGCAGUAAGGAACAGCAACACCAGCUUCACCAAGGCUGAAGUAUUUGCUUCACCUGGCAGAGAUCCAAUCAUGUGGGUGAUCAGGAGUAAUUCACACCACUGGACUCCCUCAUGAAGACCACUCUUGACAUCUCUGAGCAACUCAGGCCUGCAGUGAAUGUGGUUGGGAGGCAGAAGAAGACAGACAUCCUGAUAAAAACUGCCCACUGAUGCUACGAAACUGCUAGCAGAGCUGCGGAUGAAGAGUGAGACAUAAAAUUGGACUGUAUAAAUAUAUAUAUAUAUAUAUUUUUAAAGAAAUGAUUCUGCUUUUCAUUAAAGUCAAAUUUCUUGCACAAAUCCAUAAGUUGAGUUGUUAAAUACUGUUGAAUACAAUGAACAAAAUCAAUGUCAAAAUACUUUUUGUUAAAUGAAAACAAUAUAAAAUGUGAAAGAAAACAACAUCGUAGUUGCUGCACUGUGUUUUUGCAAUGUUUUUUUUUUCCCUUAGUUUGACCCUUCAAGUAGUUACUGCAGUCAGGCUUUGUAGGUCAGUGUAGCUGCAAAGUGUUUCCUGUCUACCUUUUUAUCUUAUAUAUUAAUAUUUGAUAUUUUCUUUAUUGUUUGAUUAAAAAUGUGAACUAAGGCUAUUU